AUGGCAUCAGAGGAUGUGGUGGGGAAGAGCACGGGGGAAUCGGCGGUGACGACGAUAGUGAAUCUCGCGGAGGAGGCGAAGCUCGCGCGAGAGGGAAUCAAGGCUCCCAGUCACGCGAUCCUGAGCAUCUGCAAGUCCCUUGUGGCCGGUGGAGUAGCGGGAGGAGUAUCAAGAACAGCUGUUGCUCCACUUGAGCGGCUAAAAAUCCUAUUGCAGGUUCAAAACCGCCAUGCUAUUCAGUAUAAUGGAACUAUUCAAGGGCUCAAGCAUAUAUGGAAAACUGAAGGUUUUCGAGGGCUUUUCAGAGGCAAUGGUACUAAUUGUGCACGUAUUGUCCCAAACUCAGCUGUAAAGUUUUUCAGCUAUGAACAAGCAUCAAGUGGAAUUUUGUGGCUUUACCGGCGUCAAUCUGGAAAUGAAGAUGCCCAACUUAGUCCUGUAUUACGUCUUGGUGCUGGAGCAUGUGCUGGUAUAAUUGCUAUGUCUGCUACUUAUCCAAUGGAUAUGGUCCGUGGAAGGAUUACAGUUCAGACCAAAAACUCACCUUACCAGUACAGAGGAAUGUUUCAUGCAUUAGGCACUGUUUAUCGUGAAGAAGGAUUCCGUGCUCUGUACAAAGGGUGGCUUCCAUCUGUCAUAGGAGUAGUAAGUGAUCUUAGAAUCUCAUUUUUCACUUUCUUCAGCUGGCACAUCCAAAUAGUUGGCACUUUAGAUGUUUAUUUUUAUUACCAUUGA